GCCGUCAAACUGUAACGAUUCUCAAUCCUCCACUUUGAUUCUCUCUCGUGGCCAAGCUUGUUGGGUUUCUCAGUACUCCACUUCGAUUCUCUCUCGCGGCCAAGGAGCUUCGUGCCGCGGCCAAGCUUGUCGGUUUUGCUCUUAUGUUUGUGCUAGUGUUGAGUUUCUGUGAAUGAAUACAUAAUGCAUUGUUUUUGAUGUUUAUUGUUCCUCCUUCUUGUAUCCUUUCCGGGUUUUCGGAGGAAUCACUCUUAAACAAGGAUGUCAAAGUUGACUAAUGACGUAAGUCUUUUUUUGUUAAUUAUUCUUUGGCUGAAUUUGUGCUGCUUGGUUUGGUUGGUUUUUGAUUUCAGGGCUGAAUUUGUCCUGCUUGGUUUGGUUGGUCUUAUGAUUUCAUGGCUGAUUUAUUAAAUUAGAACUGGACCGAUGAGGAAUGUCGUUUCUUUUUUCAACUGUACUUGGAAGAGAAAAAAAGGGAAACAAAACAAGGAAUGGAUUGAAUACAACUGCAAAAGAGUUCAUUGUGAAGACAUUUGAAGAGAAAUAUGGAGAGAAGCAUAUAUGGGACAGAUUUAAGAACAAGUAUGAUACUUGUAGAAGGAUUUACGUAAGCGUUAAGAAGCUGAUUCAUAACAGAACUGGAAUGGGCUAUGAUGAUAUGGGAAGAAUAAACAUGUCUGAUGAUUGGUGGCAAGAACGCAUAAAGGAAUGGCCUGGAGCUAGAAAAUACAAAAAUAAGCAUGUUCCUAAUAUUGAUCUUUUUGAGGAGAAGUUUGGUGCCAUUACUGUCACUGGGGCAGAAGGGUGGAGUGCUCAGCAAGAAGAGUCUAGCUUAGAUUCCAGAGUGAGUGGAAACAAUGAUGAGGAAGACGACUGUACAGAUAUGCCACCACCAGUUGGGGAUACACAAAACAAAAAUGGAGGUUCAAGAUCAAAAAGGAAGAGGAAGGAAGUUGAUCCGAGUACAGAAAAUGCUGCAAGAUGUAAUGUGAUUCUUGAUGAGAAGAAUCAACUGAUGGGGAAAAUGAUAUUACUGAUGGAGCGUGAAAACUUACGUAGCGGAGAGCGUGGUGUGGAGAUCCUCAAUGAUUUGCCUGGAGUAAAAAAAUGAUGAUUAGAUGGAUGUGGUUGAAUGAUGAUGAUUUGCCAAAUACUCAAAGAGUGAUUCAAAGGACUGAUAGAGGUGCAGGAUGGCGUCAUGUUCAACAACUGAUGCAUGGAUCAGAUCAGCAAUGUUAUGAUAUUCUGCGAAUGAAUCAAAGGACAUUUGAAGAUUUAUGUAGGAUGCUCUCUACAAGGUAUGGAUUACGAGAGACUGAUAAUCUCUACUUAGAGGAAAGUGUUGCAAUGUUUCUUGAAGCGGUUGGUCAAGAUAAAACUAAGCGGGUUCUUGCAGACAGAUAUCAAAGGUCACUAGAUACAAUACACAGAAAACUUGAUGAAGUUUUGAGUGUUCUUCUCAAGUUUGCAGCUGAUACGCUAGCCAGAAGAAGGAGAAUUCGCAAGGGUAAACCCUAUCUUGAGGAAUGAUGACCGUUAUUAUCCAUAUUUUAAAGACUGCAUUGGAGCACUUGAUGGAACUCACAUCUCAAUUCGUCCUCCAAGUCACAAUGCAGAAGCAUACAGAGGUAGAAAGCAAGAACCAACAAUGAAUGUCCUUGCUAUAUGCAACUUCAAUAUGAAGUUCAUAUAUGCAUAUGUUGGUGUACCAGGUCGAGCACAUGAUACCAAAGUGUUGACUUACUGCGCAAAAGAAGAGGCUAAUUUUCCACAUCCUCCUAAUGGAAAAUAUUAUUUGGUUGAUUCUGGAUAUCCCACCAGGACAGGUUAUCUUGGUCUGCAUCGUCAAGUUUGAUAUCAUCUUGAUCACUUUAACAGAGGAGGACCGCCAACAAACACUAGAGAAUUGUUUAAUCGGAAGCAUUCUGGUUUAAGAACAGUGAUUGAACGGACCUUUGGAGUAUGGAAAGCAAAGUGGAGAAUACUAGAUCGAAAACAUCCAAAGUAUGGUUUGACUAAGUGGAUGAAGCUUGUUGUUACAACCAUGUCACUACAUAAUUUCAUACGUGAUUCACAUCGAGAGGAUUUUGAUUUUGUUCAUUGGGAGAGAAUACAAGAAUAUCAUGCUCAUGGUGAUAAUGUUGACGGUGAUACUUCUCAUGGUAAUGGUGAUGAUGAUGAAGAUGAAUCACCUGAUGAUAGUAGUGAUGAUAGUAGUGAUGAUCAUGCUCAUGGUGGAUAUACUCCUUAUGAACCAAGAGGUGAUAGAGCUAUGGAAGGUGUACGUGACUACAUUACAAAUGAGAUGGGUAGAGGAGGUCGUUUGCCAUACUAGAAAAUCUUUUGUAAUGCUUUAUUUAAGUUUUAUAUUUACUUUAGACUUUGUCUUUAUGAAACUAUAAUAUUUCAUUUGAGGUUGCAUUUA